UUUGCCUUUCCGGUGCGUCGUCAGUGUGAUUUUCCGGUGAGGAGCCAACACGCAGACAUGCCUCUUGCAAAAGAUCUGUUGCACCCAAGCCCUGAGGAGGAGAAGAGGAGUCACAAGAAAAAACGACUCGUUCAGAGUCCUAAUUCCUAUUUCAUGGAUGUCAAAUGUCCAGGUUGCUACAAGAUCACCACAGUUUUCAGUCAUGCUCAGACUGUAGUGCUGUGUGUCGGCUGCUCCACAGUGCUCUGCCAGCCUACAGGAGGGAAAGCUCGCCUCACAGAAGGAUGCUCUUUCAGGAGGAAACAGCACUAGUUUGGUCAGAUGUAGCUGGACACGGUCGAGGAGGAGAAUGAACAGCGCUUGAUGGACAUCGAGUAACACUGCCAUGGAGCUGAUGCAGCAAUGAGGAAAUGGAGAGUGGGAAUACAAAUCUUGUAAUAUAAUAAGUGUCUCUCCAGAAUAUGCACAGAGAAAUGCUUGAGCUCCCAACAACAGCACAUUUCCAAUAAUUCAUUUCUCUUAAUAAACUUAGGUUGUUCUUUGGUAAAAUAA